CGCAAGGGUAGUUUGUUCAUUUCACACACACACAAUCCAUGUAAUGCCAACCAAGAACCUAGAAAUUCUAUCAAUUGUCCUCUCUGGCUCCCACUUCCAAUCAUAGUGUUCAAAAACUAUGUUUGUAUUGUACUACUACUACCAUCUUAGAAACCCUGUUAAAACCUCAAGCACCAAACUUCUCACUCAAAAGCUUCCUCCUUCACUCACCCUCAACAUGUCUAUGGCACACACAUCUUCACAAGCCAUCUUUCUAGUUUUUGUUGUUCUUUCUUUCUCAGUGUCUGUUGCACAUUCUUCUAUUCAUGAGCUUCUCAGAAGCCAUGGCCUACCAGCAGGGCUUUUCCCAGAGAGUGUAAAGUCAUACAAUUUGGACCAAAGGGGUGUUUUGGAGGUGAACUUGGAUGGUCCUUGCAUGGCCAAGUAUGAAACAAGAGUGUUGUUUGAAACUGUGGUUAGAGCUAACCUUAGUUUUGGUCAGCUCAAAGGGUUGGAGGGUCUGUCUCAGGAAGAGCUUUUCCUUUGGCUACCUGUGAAGGAUAUCAUCGUGAAUGAUCCAUCUUCAGGUCUCAUUCUCAUUGAUAUUGGUCUUGCUCAUAAACAACUCUCUUUGUCUCUCUUUGAAGAUCCACCAGUUUGUAGAUCCCAAGGUCUUUCACUAAAUAUUGGUGGAAGGAAGGGCAUUGGAUUUCAAGAUCAGAGAUGAAAGACUGCUUGUUUAUUUAUCUGAAAAAAAUGGUUUCUUCUUUUCUCUUUCCAAUUUUGUUUUGCUUUGCCCUUUUCUUUUUCCUUUAUAAAUAAUAAUUAUUAUAUGGUGUAAUGUGCAUAGAUCCUAAGAGAGUUGUGAUUAAAUUAGAAAUCAGAUGAGGGGAAAAAAGAAACUGAUAGCGGUGCUUGUUGUAAAAAAUCUUUGUGCAAUUUUGUUUGCCGCUUUUUUCUAAUGCUCAAGGAAAGUUAUUUGAUAUUAUCAUGU